AUGAUUUGCAUCCAGACAGAACAUUUUAAUCUUAAUCGGACUCUCCUACUUAUAAUUGGCUUAUGGCCAUAUCAAAAAUCAAAACUUGUUCGAGUUCAGAUAGUCAUAUUUUUUGGUAUUUUGAUAAGCUCUGUUAUAUUUCAGCUUACAGCGCUUAUAACCACAAAAUAUACUAUUGACUUUGCUCUUAAAGUUUUCUCUACCGCAAUAGUUUUUAAUUUUUAUGUAAUUACAUACAACAUGUUCUGGAUUAACACUCAUCAUGUGAGAAAUUUGUUGGAACAACUACAAUAUAUCUGCAAUGAACUAAAAGACGAAAAUGAAUUUGCUAUUAUUAAGAAAUAUGGAUAUUAUACAAGACGAUGUACUGCUAUAUUUACAUUGUUCGCCAUAUGCUGUAUAUUGUUUGUUACUUUACUGCCAAUUUGGCCAUAUAUCCUUGGUUCUGUUCUGCACAUAAACGAGUCUCGAAUACAGAGUCAGACAAUACAAAUCACAACUGAGUACUUUAUCGACCAGAAAAAAUAUUUCUAUUUAAUUUUGUUGCAUAUAAACGCAGUGUUUUGCAUUGGAACAACUACGUUGACAGCGACGGGAACAAUAAUUUUAGGAUGCGUUAUACAUAUAUGUGGAAUAUUUAAAGUUGCAAGUUAUCGUAUGGAGCAAACAAUGUCGACGAAAAUACUCGAAAAUAUUAACUUGAAUAAUAAGACUACGAUAUGUAAUAAAAUAUUUUAUGCCGUCGAAAUUCAUCGCAAGGCUAUGAAAUUCACCAACGCAUGUAUAUCUAGUUUUGAAGGCUCGUUUCUGUUACUAAUAACAUUUGGUGUAAUUUCUUUGAGCCUAAAUCUUUUUGCAGUUUUUCGUAAUGCAUUGCUUGGAAAUAAGGAAGAAUUGUUAUUACACCUGUUAUUUGUAUUUUUCAUCUAUUUAUAUAUGUUUCUAACUAUUUAUGCCGGUCAAAACAUUACAAAUUAUAAUGAUCAUAUAUAUUCCACCGCAUAUAAUAUUCAAUGGUAUAUGGCACCAUUGUAUGCACAAAAAAUGAUACUUUUCAUUUUGCAAAAUGGCAGCAAAACCUUCGACGUAAACAUCGCCGGAUUGUUUGUAAUAUCGUUACAGUGUUUCGCCACGGUAAGAAAUUUGUUGGAGCAACUACAGUAUAUCUGUAAUGAACUAAAAGACGAAAAUGAAUUCGCUAUCAUUAAAAAAUAUGGACAUAAUACAAGAUGUUGUACUGCUAUUAUUACAUUUCUUGCCAUAUGCAGCACAUUCUUUGCUAUCUUACUACCAAUUUGGCCAACGAUUCUUGGUUCUAUUUUGCACAUAAACCAGUCUCGAAUACAGAGUCAAGUAAUACAAAUUACAACUGAAUAUUUUAUCGAUCAAAAGAAAUAUUUCUAUUUAAUUUUCUUGCAUACAAAUGCAGUCAUUUUCAUUGGAGCUACUACAUUGGCAGCGACAGGAACCUUGCUUUUAGGAUGCGUUAUACACGCAUGUGGAAUGUUUACAAUUGCAAGUUAUCGUAUAGAGCAAGCAAUGUCGACGGAAAUACUCGAAAAUAUUAACCUGAAAAAUCAGAUAAUAAUUUAUAAAAGAAUAUUUUAUGCCGUUGAAAUUCAUCGCAAGGCUAUGAAGUUCAUCGACUUUUUGAUAUCUAGUUUUGAAGGCUCUUUUUUGUUAAUAUUAACUUUAGGUGUAAUUUCUUUGAGUCUGAAUAUUUUUGCAAUUUUUCGUAAUGCAUCGCUUGGGAAUAACGAAGCAGUUCUAUUACACUUGUUAAUUGUAUUUGUUAUUUUUUUAUUUUUGUUUCUAACUAAUUAUGCCGGACAAGAGAUUACAAAUUACAGUAAUCAUGUAUACUUUACCGCAUACAAUGUUCGAUGGUACAUGGCCCCAUUGCACGCACAAAAAAUGAUACUCUUUAUUUUGCAAAAAGGUAGCAAAACUUUUGAAAUAAACGUCGCCGGAUUGUUUGUGAUAUCGUUACAGUGUUUUGCCAUGUUAACAAAAGCAUCGAUGUCUUAUUUUACUUUUAUGUAUUCCACCCAGCAAUAA